AUGAGGAAGGUGUGCCGGUUAUCGAGAGAGGUGCUGGAUAUUGCUGCUCGAGAAGUUCGACCAGGUGUCACCACUGACCACAUUGAUAAAGUUGUGCAUCAAGCUUGUCUAGAAAGAGAGGCUUAUCCAUCACCACUAAACUAUGUGAACUUUCCCAAAUCUGUUUGCACCUCCGUGAACGAAGUUAUCUGUCACGGUAUCCCCGACCAACGGCCCCUAGAAGACGGUGAUAUUCUGAAUAUCGAUAUCUCGCUUUACCAUGGCGGAUUCCACGGCGAUCUCAAUGAAACAUAUUAUGUCGGUGACAAAGCCAAGGCAGACCCGGAUGCGGUUCGAGUCGUAGAAACUUCAAGGGAAUGUUUGGACAAAGCAAUUGAAAUUGUUAAACCAGGAACCCUGUUCCGAGAAUUUGGGAAUGUGAUCGAGAAGCACGCCAAGAGCCGGGAUUGCAGCGUUGUCAGAAGCUACUGUGGCCACGGAAUAAACCAGCUAUUCCACACGACCCCGAGCAUCCCGCAUUACGCUAAAAGCAAAACCGUGGGGUCAGCCAAAGCAGGGAUGUGCUUCACUAUUGAACCCAUGAUCAAUCUCGGAAGUUAUCGAGACAAAACAUGGCCCGACAACUGGACAAGUGUGACCAUAGACGGGAAAAGAUCAGCUCAGUUUGAGCAUACGCUUCUAGUGACAGAGGAUGGUGUCGAUAUCCUUACUGCAAGGCUUCCAGACUCGCCGGGCGGUGCGAUACCGAUGCCAGCCGCUGCUUCAUAG